AAUAUGGCUGCCGAGGUCUAUUAGGAGAAAUAUUGGAAAAAAGUGUUUAUGGUCAAGGCUUCAUAAAUUUGCAUCAAAAUGCCGAAGAAAGGCAAGAAAGGAAAGGGAAAAGGAAAGAAAGGGAAAAAGGGAAAGAAAGGAUCUAAGAAGAAUGAGUCAGUUGCAAAGAUUGCAGCAGCCAACUCCAAAGUUUGGGAGACUCGACUGGAGAUUGCAGAGACCUCCAAACAGGAAUACAGGGAGCAUGCUAAUCAGCUGAUGAAGGAAAAUGAUCAGCUCCAGGACAUGAUUAGAAUCACAGAAAAGGAUACUAUAGAGUGUUUUACUUUGCUACAGAAAAAAGAUGAAGAGAAGAAAAAUGAGAAUGAAAGGCUAAAGCAAUCAAUCCGAGAGCUGAAAAAAGAACACAGAAAAGAAAAAGAGAAUAUUGUUGAAGACUUCAGUACACAAAUUAAUGAAUUGGAGGAGAAAGUAGCAGAGAAAACAAGGGAGGUGGAGCUGAUGCAGAGUGAACUUAAAGUGGUCAAGGAAUUCAGGAGGAAGAGAGGUCAGAUGCAGAAGGAGCUGGAUGAUAUAAAAGAAGCUAUGUAUAAUGCUAAUCGUGAUCACAAGGGCACACUGACAAGAAUGGAACAGAAGUUUUUUGAAGAAAAGAUGAGAUUACAACAAGAAGCCAAUCAGAAAAUAGCAGAAUUAGCUGAAAGAGCUCACACAGAAGCAAUAUCAAAUCUUGAUGAAACCACAAAGUCUGUGUACAAAGAAAAUGUACGUUUAUCAGAAGCCUUAAGUUAUCAUAUGAAGGAAGGGGAGGUCCUGAAGAAACUAAGGGACAAACUUCAGGAGGAAAAUGAGCAACUUCGGGGGGACAAAGAGCUGAAUGACAUGAUGGUCCAAGAGAAAAUUGUGCAGGUCAAACAACAGAAAGAACAGAUCAGACAGUUGACGGAAAAAACCCAAACUUUGGAGAAGUCUUUAAGUCACAUGUCACGAGAAUUUAACACUGAGAGGAAAACCAUUGUACAGCAGGCCAGGACUGAAAAUGAGGCCGCCAAAAUUGAGCUUGCAAAACUUCAAAGAGUGAUUGACCUUAAGACUAGGGAAAUGAACAAGGUCAAGAGACUGGCCAAAAAUAUUUUGGAUCAGAGAACAGAACUUGAGCGGUUCUUCCUAGAGUCACUGGAACAAGUCCGAAUGGAAAUUGCUGCUAAUCAGGCCCAAUAUCGUGUUGAUGCUCAGGCAGCCUACCAGGAAAAAAUGCUGAAAGCCUUUGCAGGAAAAGGGGAAUACCCUAAAAUCCGAACAUUCAACAAAUCUGGCAUAAGCACAAACAGUGUGUACAAAGAUCUUGAGGCUGCAGAAAAAAUGAAGCAGGCCACGUACGACAUUUCCGGUAAAGUGGACAUCAGUGACCUGACUUGGGAACAGAAGGAAAGGGUUAUUCGUUACCUAUUUGCCAGGAUGAAUGGAGGGGCAAAGGUCACUAAAAUGAACUCUGACCCACCCCUUCCUGCCAUAGAAAACAAAGUCCAGAGACUCAGUAUCUCACAUGAACCAAGUCCACCUGAUGAACCUGACAACACCUUUUUGACCCAGGCUCAAAUGGAUGCCCCAGAAAUUCCAAUUCAAACCAAGUCUGGUACAUUUGUUGCUGAAACUGCCCAAGUUUCUUGAAGGAACAGAUUCAGUGCUAAACUACUGUGAUGUAUUAACCAACUUAUUUACAAAAAAAAAAAAACCUUCAGGGCAAUAUAAACCAUAACAGAAAGUGUAUUUGUUACUUUCAACAAGUGAGGCAAACCUUUUCUGAAGUUAAUUGUACAAAAAAAAUUCUUUUGAAAGUAUUUAGUAUAUGUGAUAGAAUUUACUUUUGAAGGCUGUGAGAAAGAUGAAUGAAUGUUGUUUUAUUGUUACAGUAUGUAUUUCUGAUAAAA